UGGUGUGAGUGAUAUAAGCCUAUUGCAGGCAGGCAGAUACGAGGGCGCACAAAUCAGACGCAUACACGCGAGAUAGAGAGUGAACGGCAGCUUUUGUCCGCUCCGGGUCGUUCUUUCUCCACGAGCCUUCGGUGAUGCUGACUUGGCGACGGCCACUCCUCCCUCACUCGUGACUCGCGCUCGCUAGACGUCCAUCAUGGCCGUCGUGUAUGACAAGGGCGUCAUCAUGGGUGCUGACAGCCGAACAACCAUGGGAUCGUACAUUGCGAAUCGAGUGACGGACAAGUUGACGCACAUCACGGACAGGAUCUACUGUUGCCGUUCAGGUUCGGCGGCUGACACUCAAGCUGUAGCGGAUAUAGUGUCUUACAACUUGGGCAUGGUGGCAGUUCAGCACGACGAGCAGCCGAAAGUGGAGACUGCAGCUCAGCUUUUCCAAGAAAUCAUCUAUCAGAACAAGGACAGGUUGAGCGCUGGAAUCAUCGUUGCCGGUUGGGACAAGAGGAAUGGCGGUGGCGUUUACAACAUUCCUCUUGGGGGCGGCAAGUUUCAACAACCUUGGGCCAUCGGAGGUUCCGGGUCAACAUACAUUUAUGGCUUUUGCGAUUCGACCUGGAGACCGGGAUGGGGCAAGGAGCAGACGAUAGACUUUGUCAGGAAGGCGCUAUCGCUUGCGAUGCGCAGAGACGGCUCUUCAGGCGGUACGAUUCGCAUGGUGGACAUUUCAGAAGAAGGAGUCGAAAGGCACUUUAUUCCCGGAAACGAUCUUCCAGAUGGGGAAAGCAAAGAGUUCGUCUCUGGCAAGUUUGUGUAAUAACCCUCGCAUUCCUCCCUCUCUCUCUUGGCGAGUUGAAAUGCGGCACGCAAAUGCGAAGAUGAGGAAAUGAGACGCGCGGUUGAGUGCUCUGCUGUCAAACUGUUCAGCGUGAGAUUCUUCAACGCAGAGCAGCUUGCCGACGACCGCACAGCGCGGCAGGCGGCCAAUCGCACACGAACGAUGUGUGAAAGUCCAUCGACAGCGAUGCCCAGUGUGUCAGGUUCCGAUCAAAAUGUUAUUGCGCGGCUUGACUGCUAGCGAACAGAGCUCAAACAAAGCACCAAGGGAAUUUCGCGCGGAAUGUUUGGUGGAUGAUCAUUCGAGGAGCCUGAGAGGUGUGUUUGUGUAGUACAGUACAAGUUCGGGAACACGUGGUCGGUCGGUAUGGCGGAAUAUCUUCAGUGCGGCAAGCUUGCUGUGUAGCAUUCGUGUACUGUGUUUGCAUCUUAUACGUGUUCGGAAUUC